GAUGCUGGCCACUGGCCUGGGUCUGUGAUGCUGGUCACUGGCUUGGGUCUGUGAUACUGGCCUAGAUCUGUGAUGCUUGUCACUAGCAUGGGUCAUAAAUGUGUGUGUGUUUGCAGGAAUCGGUGUAAAUGUGUGUGUGCUCACUAGCGUAUCCUUGCAUGUGUGUCUGUGUGUGUGUGUGUGUGUCUGUGUGUGUGUGUGACUAACCUGUCCCAUCAGGUUGAGUUAGAGAACAUGGAGUUGACCCAGGGCAUGUCUUCAGAGACGGCGGUGUCCUUUCUGUCUCGACUCAUGGCCAUGGUGGACGUUCUGGUGUUCGCCAGCUCCCUCAACUUCUCUGAGAUAGAGGCUGAGAAGAAUAUGUCCUCUGGAGGUCUGAUGAGACAGUGUCUACGACUGGUAUGUUGUGUAGCAGUGAGGAACUGUCUAGAGUGUAGACAGAGACAGAGAGAUAGAGGCUGUUUCUCCAAGUCCAACCUGCCCAGCAGCAAGUCACAGGACAGUCUACAGAGUACAGCUGCAGCCAGCAAGUCACAGGACAGUCUACAGAGUGCAGCUGCAGCCAGCAAGGAUCCAGACAGACUCCUACAGGAUGUUGACAUCAACCGCCUAAGAGCCGUGGUCUUCAGAGACGUGGAUGACAGUAAGCAGGCUCAGUUCCUGGCCCUGGCGGUGGUCUACUUCAUAUCUGUCCUCAUGGUGUCAAAGUACCGGGACAUCCUGGAACCACAGAGAGAGAUUGGCAGGUCCAGCAGCCUAUCAGGGAGGAGCAUCCGCCACGAGAUCAACUCCCCCACCAGCACAGAGCACCCAUCGUCCUCCUUCCCUGAGUGUGGUCAGGGGGAGAAGCAGAUACCCAACCCCAUGGAUGACUCUCCGCUUGCCUCUCUGCCCCACACCGACUCAGGAAUCGGGGAGGAGGGCCAUGGCCCUGGGGGUCUGAACGGAGCAGAGCUGGGCCUGGGCCUGGGCCUGGGCCUGGGCAUGGGCAUGGCAGGCAGGGAGACAGACAGAGACAGAGAGAGGGAUCUACUGUGUACCCUGGUUAGAAGGUCAAGGGAGAGCCUAUUUGAUUCGCCCCACAACCCUAAUACUGCCUCCAAUCCUGGUCAAGCCCCGCCCUCGUCGAUCUCGAGCAUCAGCCAGCCUAACAAGGGCAUCAACGUCAAGGAGAUUCUGAAGAGCCUUGUGGCCGCGCCCCUGGACGGUGGGGAUGCGGGACAUGAAGUUGGCCCCACCCCCUACCACCCUGAUCCCGCCCUCAAGACACACCCAAUGCAGUUCCACUCCUUCGACAGGUCGGUGAUGGUGCCAGUCAAGAAGCCCCCUCCCGGCAGCCUGUCAGUGAACACAGUGGGCACGUCCAUCGCCAGCGGAGCGGUCACACCAGGAAGUACACCGAACAUAUUCGCAGCUGCUACGGCAACGCCCAAGAGCAUGAUCAACACCACAGGUGCCACAGAGUCUGCCUCCUCUUCCUCCUCCUCUUCCUCAUCCUUCGUUAACGGAGCGACCAGUAAGAACCUACCAGCCGUACAGACAGUGGCUCCCAUGCCCGAGGACACCGUCGAGAACAUGAGUAUCACCACUAAGUUGGAGUGUGCCCUGGAGAAAGUGGCUCCCCUGCUGAGGGAGAUCUUUGUGGACUUCGCUCCAUUCCUCUCUAGGACCCUGUUGGGUAGCCACGGCCAGGAGCUGCUCAUUGAAGGUACAGGUCUGGUGUGUAUGAAGUCCAGUACUUCAGUAGUAGAGCUGGUGAUGCUGCUCUGUUCUCAGGAGUGGCAGAACUCAAUCCAGAAGAACGCCGGUCUGGCCUUCAUCGAGCUCAUUAAUGAGGGAAGACUGCUGUGCCAUGCUAUGAAGGACCAUAUUGUGCGUGUGGCCAACGAGGCAGAGUUUAUCCUGAACAGACAGAGAGCUGAAGACGUACACAAACACGCUGAGUUUGAGUCUAACUGUGCCCAGUACGCUGCUGACAGGAGGGAGGAGGAGAAGAUGUGUGAUCACCUGAUCAGCGCUGCCAAGCACAGGGACCAUGUGACCGCCAACCAAUUGAAACAGAAGAUACUCAACAUCCUGACCAAUAAGCACGGGGCAUGGGGCACGAUGUCACAGAGCCAAUUACACGACUUCUGGCGUCUGGACUACUGGGAGGACGACCUGAGGAGGAGGCGGAGAUUCGUACGAAACCCCUUUGGCUCCACCCACCUUGAUGUGUCACUUAAAGCCCUGGAGGACUAUGGUACGGAGGAGGAGGAAGAGGAGGGGCUUAAGUCUAAGAAGACCUUGCGCAGCCAAUCACUGGUCAGUCAGAACCUGGAGGCGGAGCUAAUGCUGGAGGGAGACGAUGAUACUGUCAGUCUGCUGCAGGAGAAAGAGAUGGACAACCUGGCAGGUCAGACUGGUCUCUUUCCUGCCCAGCUGGUAUCUCCAGUAGUGGUGGUCCAUGGGACUCUCUCCAUCACCACCACUGAGAUCUACUUUGAGGUGGACGAGGACGACCCUAGCUUCAAGAAGAUCCACACCAAGGUCCUGGCCUACUCCGAGGGUCUACAUGGCAAGUGGAUGUUCAGUGAGAUCAGAGCUGUCUUCUCCAGAAGAUACCUUCUCCAGAACACUGGUCUGGAGGUCUUCAUGGCCAACCGCACGUCUGUGAUGUUCAACUUCCCGGACCAGGCUACAGUGAAGAGGGUCGUCUACAGUCUACCCAGGGUGGGAGUAGGAACCAGCUACGGACUGCCUCAGGCCAGGCGUAUCUCCUUGGCGACCCCUCGUCAGCUGUUUAAGUCGUCCAACAUGACCCAGCGUUGGCAGAGGAGGGAGAUCUCCAACUUCGAGUACCUCAUGUUCCUCAACACCAUCGCAGGGAGGAGCUACAAUGAUCUGAACCAGUACCCAGUGUUCCCCUGGGUUCUCACUAACUUUGAGUCAGAAGAGCUGGACCUCACUCUGCCCGGCAACUUCCGAGACCUAUCCAAGCCAAUCGGUGCGUUGCACCCAAAGCGAGCGGUGUUCUCUGCAGAGCGCUAUGAUACCUGGGAGGAGGACGGAACGCCACCGCACCACUACGGCUCCCUCUACUCUACCGCUAACACCACACUGCUCUGGAUGCUGCGGAUAGAGCCCUUCACCACGUUCUUCCUGAAUGCCAAUGAGAACCAGUUUGACCAUCCUGACAGAGCCUUCUCUGGCAUCGCACGGGCUUGGAGGAGCUGCCAACGGGAUACUGCUGAUGUCAAGGAGUUGAUCCCAGAGUUCUACUACCUCCCAGAGAUGUUUGUUAACAGUAGUGGUUUUGAGCUGGGACAGAGAGAGGACGGGACUCCUGUGUCUGAUAUAGAACUGCCGGCCUGGGCCAAGAAACCUGAGGACUUCGUACGCAUCAACCGCAUGGCGUUGGAGAGUGAGUUUGUGUCGUGCCAGCUGCACCAGUGGAUAGAUCUGAUAUUUGGUUAUAAGCAGCGAGGGCCCGAGGCUGUACGAGCUCUUAACGUCUUCCACUUCCUGUCCUAUGAGGGUUCCGUCACCUUGGAUACCAUCACCGACUCCGCACAGCGGGAGUUGAUGGAGACCCAGAUCCAGGCAUGUGGUCAGACUCCAUCCCAGCUGCUGAUCGAGCCCCACCCCCCUCGCUCCUCUGCCAUGCACCUGUGUUUUCUUCCCCAGAGUCCUCUGAUGUUUAAGGACCAGAUGCAGCAGGAUGUGAUCAUGGUGCUGAAGUUCCCCUCCAACUCUCCUGUGACCCACGUAGCAGCCAACACCCUGCCCCACCUCUCUGUCCCUGCUGCUGUCACCGUCACCUGCAGCAGACUGUUCGCUGUCAACCGUUGGCACAACACCGUCGGUCUCCGUGGGGCUCCAGGUUACUCCCUAGAACAGGCUCAUCACCUGCCCAUUGAGAUGGACCCUCUCAUAGCCAACAACUCAGGUGUGAGUAAGCGUCAGAUCACAGACCUGGUGGACCAGAGCAUCCAGAUCAACACACACUGCUUCGUGGUUACCGCCGACAACCGCUACAUCCUGGUCUGUGGCUUCUGGGACAAGAGCUUCAGAGUCUACUCUACCGAGACAGGUAAGUUGACCCAGAUAGUGUUUGGCCACUGGGACGUGGUGACGUGCCUGGCCCGGUCAGAGAGCUACAUCGGAGGAGACUGCUACAUCGUGUCGGGGUCCAGAGACGCUACCCUGCUGCUGUGGUACUGGAGCGGACGCCAUCACAUCAUUGGAGACAACCCCAACAACAGUGACUACCCUGCUCCGAGAGCCGUGCUGACGGGUCAUGACCAUGAGGUGGUGUGUGUCUCUGUCUGCGCUGAGCUGGGACUGGUCAUUAGCGGGGCCAAAGAGGGUCCAUGUCUGGUCCAUACUAUAACAGGGGAUCUGCUGCGGGCCCUGGAGGGCCCAGAGUUGUGCCUGAGGCCCCGCCUCAUCUCUGUGUCCAGCGAGGGCCACUGUGUCAUCUGUUAUGAGAGAGGACGAUUCUGUAACUUCAGCAUCAACGGGAAACUGCUGGCUCAGAUGGAGGUCAACGACGCAACACGGGCGAUCCUGUUGAGUAGUGACGGUCAGAACCUGGUGACAGGAGGAGACAACGGGGUGGUGGAGGUGUGGCAGGCCUGUGACUUCAAACAGCUCUACAUCUACCCAGGCUGUGACGCUGGCAUCCGUGCCAUGGACCUAUCUCACGACCAGAGGACUCUGAUCACUGGCAUGGCGUCUGGCAGCAUCGUAGCUUUCAACAUCGACUUCAACCGCUGGCACUACGAACACCAGAACAGGUACUGAGGAGGACAAACACGAGACGAGGAGAGAGAGGAAGACGAGCACCAGACGAGGAGAGAGAGGAAGACGAGCACCAGACGAGGAGAGAGAGGAAGACGAGCACCAGACGAGGAGAGAGAGGAAGACG